AUGGACAAGCCAAGCCAAAUUAGUGAAGCUACACAAGAGAGGAUGGGGGAUGAUGAUGAGUGGGAAGAACUGCUCAAAACUCUUCCCAAAGUGAAACUUCCAAAUGGGAGAGACAUGUUUUUGUAUAAAGAUCUUCCAAAAGCAGGCACAACAUGGUUAAAAGCUCUUACAUUUGCUAUAGCCAACCGUAUCAACUACUCUCCCAGCGAAAAUCCAUUGCUCACCACCAACCCUCACGGUCUCGUUCCUUUCCUUGACAAUGCUGUCUAUGGAAAAAACCCAUUCUUCAAGCUUGAUGACUUUCCUAGUCCUAGAAUUUUAGCAACCCAUGUUCCAUACUCUGCACUUCCUAGCUCCAUUGGAGACUCUACUUGUCGUGUCAUCUACGUUUGUCGAAACCCUUUAGACCAGUUCAUCUCCUUUUGCCAGUAUGUUGCUAAGCUUUUAAAGAAUCCUCUCAAUCCAAGUUUGAUAGAAGAAAAUCUCAAUUUGAUGUGUCGAGGCGUAAGUCCGUAUGGACCGUUUUGGGAUCAUGUAUUGGGCUACUGGAAAGCGAAUCAAGAAAGACCUGACAAGGUGUUGUUUUUGAAAUACGAAGAUAUGAAAGAAGACCCCAUUUCUCAUUUCAAAGUGUUGGCUAAGUUCAUGGGGUUUCCUUUCUUUGUGGAAGAAGCUAGACAAGGGGUGGUUGAGGAAAUAUUGAAGCUGUGUAGUCUUGACAACUUGAAAGAUUUGGAGGUGAACAAGAUUCACAACAAUGAUGUUGAGCAUCCAAAUAGUGCCUAUUUUAGGAAAGGUUGUUGA